UUUACAAGCGAUAAUGAAAAAUUGAACACAGCACGGUAUGUGUUUACGUUAUCCACUUCAAUUAUUACCAAUAAUAGGCACACUCGCCGCGGGCGCGUUGGUCUUCGUUAGCACUGCGUCAACAUAAAUUACUGGCACUAUACAUGAUUACCUUUCUAAAGUAAUAUAAACUACUGUUUGAUUGCUUUUUCUGUAUCACGUGAUAUAAAAUAGACUCCAAACGAACUUAGAAAGGUAACAAUCUAAACUCUAAAUAAAGAGAGGGUUUACCACCGCGACCCUAACGUGACACAAUGUGAUGCAAAUACACAGAUCUCUAAAUAGAUAGUGCAGUGUUUAAGUAACAUUUUAUGUACACAGUAAUUGAAAGUAAAAUUAUUUUAUUUUACAAAAUAUAAGCACACAACAAAUAUCCACCCGUGUCAUUAAAUAUAUCAAAAAAUGUGUAGUGAAUAAUUAUGUAAUAUCGUAAUAAUGUUAUCGAAAUUAAAAAAAAAACAUUUCUUUAUGCAGUGUCCAGAUUUCAAUACAAAAUCGCGAAAACGUUCACUAAUACACCAGAACGAGCUUCAACGAAUAAGUAUCCAAAGUAUUGACAACAUUUUUGUACAUUUUAUUUAAAAUUUGUUUAAUACUUUAAUAAACAAUUUGUACUUUUUAUUGAAAUUCAUGAACGUUAAUUAUUAAACGUUGCUCGAAGUUCAACCUGGGAAAGUCACGGUUGGAUUAGAAGUUUGCGUGAAUGCCAAUAUUUUGAACUGACCCUAGUUACAUUAAUAAUAUUAGUGCAUUUCGCAAUGGGUUUCAUUUUCUAUUUAAAAAUAGUUUUUGUAGAAUUUUGCCGUCUCUAGACCUCUUAACAAUAGUUCUCAAAGGGAAUUUUAUCGCAUUGUUAAUUAAAAAAUACAAGGCGCCUAUAAAGCACCUGUGAUAAAUAAAAAUAUAAUAUUAAGGAAAGAAAGACGUUUUUAAGAAUUAUAUUCCGAUCAGCGUUACUUGCUGACUACGCAAAGGAACUCAUCACAUCCAGCCGCUAUAACGCGUACAUUAACAUAAUAUACAAUAAAACUGUCUAAUCGAGAACGAAAUAUUUAAGGUAAGCUCGCGCAACCUUAUUAAAACACUUCUCAACAAAAUAAAUAGACAACCUUUAAAAUAUAUUAUCGCUUACGAGUAUUUCUCUACGUAAAUUCACGCAACGAAAUAGCUUUUAUAGUUGUUACGAAAUUUUAUGUGCCUACUGUCUUUUUUUUAUUUGUCUUAAUAUACUCGGUCUAUUAAAUAAGAUAUAGAAUGAAUUUAUAAAGACAAACAAAUAAAGACAUAUAAGACGAAAAAAAAGUUAUCGUAUUUUGUAAAAACCAUUUCGUUACAACAAAAUGUUAUCAUGAGUACCAGUUUCAUCAAGUACCGAGUAAUUUGAAAUAUUAUCAAUUAACGUAUUUACAGCGGGAAAUUGAUGGUUUGAAACCAUCCAUCGUGUAAAACGUAAUUACAUGAUAAGAAGGACCAACGAAUAACUAGAAAACAUAUAAUCUAGCCAACGAUACCACGAGGCGGGGCCCGGCCGAUCUAUUAACCGAUAUAGACCAUUAAACGAUUACACCCAACCACUACAAAUAUUAGUCAUGUGAAAUUACAUUACCAGUGCCAUAUUGGGCGAUGCAACGUAAAUCACUCCUUUGAUUCGCACCGGAUAUUUCUAGAAAAAAUACACUUCAAUGCCUCGAUUAUAAUUCUAAUUUGAUGCAAAUGAUGGUGUACCCUCAGAAGGAAUUUGGAGUACGGCCUCGGAAAUCAAUCAGUACUUUUAGAAAGCAAAACUAUUGGACAACUCAAAACAAUCAAGAAGUGUGGUACUCUAGGGAUACAAAACAUCCUAUAAGGAGCAGAAGUGAGGAAAAACCACCUAAAACGGAAACACCGAGUACGCGAGAUUACGAAACGCCACAUUUUUCUGAUGAUUUGAGACAUUAUUUACUAACGUCCACUCUACACGGUCUUCGGUAUAUUGGAGAAAAACGUCUCACUUGGUUCGAAAGAUUCUUCUGGCUGGUCGCUUUUGGAUGCUCGCUCGUGUGCGCUGGUUUUUUCAUAUUAAACGUGUAUGCUAAAUGGCGAAUGACCCCAAUGAUUGUGACCAUCAACCCAGAGAACAUGCCAUUGAAAGGGCUACCAUUUCCUGCAAUUACUAUAUGCAAUGUAAAUCAAGCAAAGAAAUCUGUCGCUGAACGAUAUCGAGACUAUGGGGAUUCGGUAGACAAGAAAUUACUGCAGAGUCUGUGCACGACUCAAGGAGACACAGAAAUAUUUGAAGAUGACAUUGCAGAGAGUGCGAACUGGGAUCACACGCGCUCUUUUCUUAUUAAUGUCACACAACCUUGUAACGAAAUGUUGUCACAUUGCCGCUGGAAUUCAGAAGCUAUGAAUUGUCAAGACUUAUUCAACGCACAGCUGACUGAUGAGGGGCUCUGCUGCACUUUCAACGUGGUCCAUAGGAACAAAAUGUUCCGUAAUCCGAAAGCCCUAAAUGACAUGAACAUAACAUUUCCGUCGCCAGCGGUGGACUGGACGCCGGAAGAUGGUUAUCCAUCAGAUGCACCGCCAGAUGGAUUUCCAUGGAGGCCAAAAGGAAUAGGCACUCAACACGGCUUGUCGCUAAUUUUAGACGCAAAUAUUCCAGAGUAUUAUUGUGCUUCAACAAAAAGUGUUGGAUUUAAGAUCUUGCUUCACAAUCCUACAGAAACACCGAAAAUAAGGAACGUAGGUGAAAUUUACGGGCCUGGUAUAGAAGCACGGGUAGCCAUACGGCCAAGGAUAUUGGACGCUGUUCCAUCUCUCCGAUCCAUAGAUGUUACGAAACGAUUGUGUUUAUUUUCUAGUGAGAAGGAACUGGGUUUCUUCAGAACAUACACAUUGAAAAACUGCGAAAUGGAGUGUGAAGCACGCGCCAUGUUGGAUAUAUGCGAUUGUGUGCUCUAUUAUAUGCCUAAAAAUAAAACAACGCGAGUAUGCGGUAAAGCCGAUGCCAAGUGCUAUUCAAAUACAACGAUACUCAUACCGCAAGGUCGAGAAACAGCGUGCGAAGAAUGCCUGCCAGCAUGCACCGAGAUAGCCUACUUCGAAAGACAGAGCUCGGCCCCGCUGAAAAGGUUCCUCGUGGAGCAGCUAGCGCGCAGCAUAGGCAACAUAAGCACCGAAUAUUUCACAGAGAAUAUGCUCGUGAUACACUUUUAUUUCGAAGACAACACGUUUGUGAGAUUUACUAAAGGCGAGAUAUUUGGACUGACGGAGUUUUUGUCUAAUACAGGUGGCCUUCUCGGUCUCUGCAUGGGCUUCAGCGUAAUGAGCGCUGUAGAACUUCUUUACUACCUGACGCUGCGAGCUCUAUGCCUGGCGCGGCAGCGACGACCGCAACAUCCGUUUACUAAAUAGAUAUCAUGAAGUAAAUGAUUAAUUGGAACCCUAAAGUCUAAAUUAAUUAGGCAUAAAAAUUACAUGGAUCUAUCACAACUAUUUUGGUGCCUCGACAAUAAUUACUACUUUCUCUAUAUUUAUAAUAGGAAUGUGCGCAAAUUAUAUGAAACAAUAAUGAUAUAGAUAAAUAUAUAUUAUCGCUAUUUUCACGACUAAGUUAUACAAUUAUAUGUUUUAAAUAACAUACACAUGUCACAUGC